AUGGAGCGACACGAUGGGUCCGAGUACCUUCCGUACAUCUUUGGCAGCGAGCCACACGGUAGCCAAGUCAUUGCCUUGAUGCGGUUUUCGCAGGAGGCGACCACGUGGAACCUCCCUCUCAUGAUCGCGCAGACCCUGCUGGUAGCCGAGAUCAUCCGGACCUAUCCUGCUGAGAUUCGUAUGUUGAUGCGGGUGUACCAGAGGAAGAAGCCAAACAUGGCAGAGAUCUUCUUUGUGCUGAUCAAGUACCUCACGCUGAUCGCUGUCAUCUGCGACAUUCUCGUGACCGAGACGUUAGCGGCCAAGUCAGACUUGGCGUGUCGAUGGUGGGCGUGGACUUCAUCGACCUUCUACUUCUUGUGCUCUACGCUUGUGUUCUGUGUGAUCGGAUGGCGAGCGCGCAUCAUCUUCCGAACACGCAAGCUGGCCACUUACUUGAUUACAGCUGGUCUGGUCGGGCAGUUGGCUAUCGCCAUGUGGGCAAACACUCGUAUCAGCAAGGCAGAUGCGCUUUCGCCGGCGGGAACAUGCGCACCCAGUGCUCAGGUUCAUGGAUCGCCCGAUGACAACGAGUCGCUACACAUCCACUUCUGGGGCUCCUCAACAUUUUGGUUCCUUUUCUACAACACGAUCUUCGACUUGGCCAUCCUGAUUGCGUGCUGCCUACGAUUGAAGAAGACAUCCAGUGGACCGAACGGACUGACACAAAUCGCCAAAGUGCUCUUCAUCAACAACGUGCACUACAUAGUGGCUGUGGAAACAUGCAACUUGCUCACAGUAGUGAUGCUGAUGGGUUGGGCAUCCAAGUUGCCGCCUGUGCACAGCACUUCGAUCGCUAUUCAGAUCGUCGUGGGCCUUCAGAUGCUGAUCGGAGAGCAAGAAGCAGUCUACAGUCCAAGCUGUUCGCGUGUGACCUAUUCCACUGGUGGCUUCUCGUCAAACAAUGGCUCGUACAGCAAACCACACCACAACGCUACUUCGAGCAAUGCUUCCUUCUCUAGUCCCAACCAUGCAUUGUCGUACGUCAAGCGUCCCGGAACGGCCAACACGGGGACAGAUGUUACUUCGAGCGAAUACCGCGGCCGUAAGGGUACAUUCUCUUCAAUCAGUUCAGUGCCUGCAUACGUCAAGAGCAGUCCCACGGACGAGCUGGCACCGCAGCUCCCUCCCAAAUCCACUGUAAACAUGAAGCAAGAGGUCCAAGUGUCGAUCGACAUGUCUCCGGUGCCACCUCAGUCAGGCGCCACAAACGUUGCUCCGGAUGGUCCCUUCCAGUAG